UAAAAACCCAUCCACCUACUACCCCUAUUACCUCCACCAAAAAGAGAAAGAAGGAACUGGGAUUGAUCAUCAUGCCCCCCUCCAUCGGCCUCAUAAUCUGCAGCCAGCGCACUCCCCGCGCAGGCCCCCAAAUCAGCACAUUCAUCCACAACACCAUCCGUGAAUCCUACCCCGCUGAAAAAGCCAGCAUUAAGACCAUCGACCUGGCAGAAUGGAAUCUCCCACUAUACAAUGAAUCAGGGAUGCCUUCGUGGAUCAGCUCAGCAGAUGAGUACGAGCACGAGCACACAAAGGCCUGGUCACGGGAGAUAUCGCGCCACGAGGCGUUCAUUUUCGUCACACCGCAGUAUAACUGGGGGUAUCCGGCGAGUGUGAAGAAUGCAAUCGAUUAUUUGUUUCAUGAGUGGAAGGGGAAGCCGGCGUUGGUGGUGAGUUAUGGGGGGCAUGGGGGUGGGAAGGCGGCAGAGCAGCUGAGGCAGGUGUUGCAGGGGGUGAGGAUGAGGCCGUUGGAGAGGAUGAUUGGAUUGAAGUUUCCGGAGAUGAAGGAGGUUGAGAGGGCGGCUAGAGGGGAGGAUUUGGGAUUGGAUCUGGAGGGGGGGUAUUGGGUUGAGAUAGAAGACUGGCGUAAGAAGAUACUGUCACAAGUUCAUGAUGCUGAGUGUUGCCAUUAUCCAGAACAGCUAGAUGCAGGAACUAGACACCCCUGCGUACUCCACACCCAUGGGCAUCUCAUGAGUGAAGCAUAUGAUUCCCUGUUUGUCAUGAGGACGCUGGGAUGUAUCAUCACAUACAAUCCAAGUGGACUAUUAUCCAACCCGCAUAAGUCACUGAUCGACACGUUCACUUGGAAGAAACUACUGUUAUAUGAUCAAGCGUGUCUGAUGGUCCAUCUCUUCAUUCUCAUCUGCUCCCUCGUAGGCCUACUACCAGCGGCUGCCCCCCUCGAAACCAUAACCUGCGACAUCUGCAUCCUCGGAGGCGGAAGCUCAGGAACAUACAGCGCCAUCCAGCUCAAAGAUGCAGGGAAGCACGUGGUAGUAAUAGAGCCCAACAACCGGCUCGGAGGGCACGCACAGACUCUAUACCUACCAGAUGGCAACUACGUCGACUACGGCGUCGAAGGCGUCUUCAACAACGAGCUCUCCCGUGACUAUUUCCGCCGACUAGGGGUAGACUGGAAGCCCCUACUCCCGCUCAACAAACGAACCGACUUCGUCGACUUCUCGACCGGCGAACGCGUCGACCCGCCAGCAGGAAUCUUACAAGCCCUCGUAUCAACAUUCAUAUACCGCUCAUCCAUAAAGCACUGGAUGUUCCUCACAAGAGGGGUAUACGACCUUCCCGACCCCGUACCAGAAGACCUCCUCCGUCCAUUUCGCGAAUUCGUCGAGGAACAUUCCCUCGAAGCUGCCCUGCAUGUGGUGUUCCUUUUCUCUCAGAAUGUAGGAAACCUUCUCGACAUGCCCACCCUCUAUGCGAUCCAGAACUUCGGCGUCCCACAAGCAACGGAAACACUCGGUUCGGACGUGCUGUUCCAGACAAGCGUGGUUGCAACAAACAGGUCUGAUUCCGGAGUGGAGGUAACAGUUCAGCAUGCGAACGGCACCCACAAGCUCAUUAAAGCCAGAAACCUCCUUAUAACCUUCCCUCCGCUCAUGCAAAAACUCCAAGGCUUCGACUUGGAUGAAACCGAAACGGAGCUAUUCCAAAAAUGGUUCUGGAGAACAUACUACGUCGCCGUGGUCAAUAAUACCGGUAUUCCGGACAAGUUGUGGGUCACAAAUACCGAUCCGACAAACGGACUGGGAUCUUUACCUCGCAUGCCAUUUGACUUUCUACUACAGUAUAUGGGAGCGCCGGGACAUUCAACGAGCAAGUUAGUAGGCGAUAUGAACUUCACCGCGGAAGACGCGAGAGACCUUAUCGCGGCGGAUUUUGCGCGGAUGAAAGCGAAGGGGACAUAUCCGAUCCAGGAUCCUCAGAUCGUGGUGUUUGGGGAUAGUUCGCCGGAGACGUUGAUGGUGUCGCCGGAGGAGAUCCGCAAUGGAUUCUAUCGCAAAUUCUGA